UCAUAGAUUUCUUUUUACAAAAUUCAAAAAUAAAUCAACCAAUCCAAACCAAAAAAGAUAGAAAUAAUUAAAUCGGAAGUUUGAGUGCUUAAUGUGUCCCCGUAACUAAUUAUAUAACGAUUAAGUAGACGACGCUAGCUAAAAUUAUGGACUCUAGGGGCAACAACAGUGGUGAUGAAGAUGGAACUGUCACCAACAAGAAACAGAGCAACGUACUGCCUUUAUACGGAAACGAGAGGACAAUGAAUUUAAACCCACUUAUUCUUACAAACAUUCAGAGUAGCCACUAUUUUAAAGUUAAUUUAUACGAACUUAAGACCUAUCAUGAAGUAGUCGAUGAAAUUUUUUACAAAGUAAGCCAUCUGGAGCCCUGGGAGAAAGGGUCAAGAAGAACGGCAGGCCAAACAGGAAUGUGUGGUGGUGUAAGAGGAGUCGGAGCAGGCGGAAUCGUUUCAACAGCAUACUGCCUCCUUUAUAAGCUGUUCACCCUGAAACUCACCCGUAAACAGCUCAAUGGGUUGAUCACUCAUUGUGAUUCACCUUACAUUCGAGCCCUAGGAUUCAUGUAUAUAAGAUAUGUAUUGCCUCCCAGUUGCCUACUAGAGUGGUACGAAGAUUACCUUGAGGAUGAAGAGGAACUGGACGUAAAGGCAGGAGGUGGCCAGACCAUGAUGAUGGGUCAAGUUUUGCGACAAUGGCUGGUUAAACUCGAGUGGUUUUCAACUUUAUUUCCGAGGAUACCCGUGCCCAUUCAGCAAAAGAUUCAGAAGUUUUUAGAGCAAAGAUUUCCACCUCAAGCGGUCCAAGUGGCCCAAGAACGCGCCCGUGGAUUCGAAAGAGACAGACAACCAGCGCGUGAAGACCUCCGAAGGGACUUUUUAAGGGACGACCGACGUGUAGACGAGGGUAGAAGCGACACAGGAAGAAAUGACAGAAGAGAUAGGGACAACAGGUAUCGGGAUGAGCAUGAUAGACGCGAACGAAAGCACAGGGAUAGAAGUAGGAGCCCUAACAGAAGCAAACAUUAUCAUAAUAGGGAUAGGAGCAAGGACAGAGGGGAUAGGUACAACAGAGAUAGGGAGGAUCGAUUCAGAGGCGGCAGCAGUAGAUAUUAGGCUCAGGAUCUCUUUUUUUUUUAAGUACAGGUAGAAGGGAAGGAGGUUCACAACGAUUGUUUUCAGAUUAUCGGCGUUUUUUUUUUGGAUCGUGUUAUUAUGCAAAAAAAACCGGGUAUUAUUUAUAAAUGGUUGUAAAUCUUCUUUUCAUGUCGCACAUUACGGGAAAUAAUAUUUUAAGUUCUUUUAAAAUGUUAUAAGAGCAGAGUUUUUAAAUAAUAUUACGAAUUGUUUAGAGUAAUCGGAGAUGUACGCUGCCAUCCUACGUCAGAAUAUUCGAAUUUUUAGCGUGUGGUUUCCAGCUCUAGGAAAAUCCACUUUGCCAUUCAUAAAUAAAGGAUCUUGGCAUAUUUCUAAAUCCAAAUAAUUACUUUUAUAUUAAACAAUAUUGUACACAUUGUUUUUGCAUGAAUUAAAUGAAAACUAAUGAUUCAGAAAUAUGGCAAGAUGUUAUAUUUAUAAAUCACAAGGUAGAUUUCCCAGAGGUGAAAACAAACGUAAAUUGUAAAAUGAACUGUUCAGAAUUAUUUAAAAAAUAAGGCUGAAUAAACAAAAGGAGUUCCACGUUUUAGUCCUAUUCAAGUUUUGCACCAAUAAAUUUCUCUGUUUUUCCUUAUAACUUAUUUUAAAUUACAUUCUACUCAAGCAGCACUAUUUAAAUAGUUCACCAGUUUUACGCGCUAAAACACGUUUGCCCUUGUGAUUUAUUCUUCACCACGAACUUUUAACUCUUUGAUCACUGUCUCCUUUAUUUUCUUCGGCUUUUUUGUAGGCCAAUUAGUUAACACUUCUUCACGAUCUUGCAUUUUUUUAAGUAUAAUUUUUGAGCAAGAAAACGCAAAUUCUAACCUCCAGUCAAAAAUCACAAGAACACGUCUGGUUUAUAGACAAAACAAUAACAAACUGACUAAUAAUUCGAGCGCUUCAGCAAGAUUUUACGACAAAAAGCACACAUGUCCUAUCCUGUCGCACGGACUAAUACUGUAUUUGGUGGAAAAACAAUGGACAUGUGUGUUUUUUGCGGAAUUAUCGAAUUUUCAAUUAGCUCUAUCUUAGUAACAGACGAAAAACAAUGAAAAACACAAAGUCACGGUCUCACAACAUUUACUUAAAGCUACACGGGUUUCACUCUAUUCAGAGCAUCAUCAGGCCUUAAAAAGCCACUAACGUUGGCAAAACAGUAAAUAAACAUACAUUGUAAACAUAAGUAAAACAUAAUGUAUGUUUAUUUACUGUUUUGCCAACGUUAGUGGCUUUUUAAGGCCUGAUGAUGCUCUGAAUAGAGUGAAACACGUGUAGCUUUAAGUAAAUGUUGUGAGACCGUGACUUUGUGUUUUUCAUUGUUUUUCGUCUGUUGUAUACGUCGGUCUCUUUGUGAAAAAUGGAUGAGAUUUUCUUAUCUAUCUUAGUACUUGUGCCGUUUUUGUAGAAUCUUAUUUUAGGAGAUUAAAAACAGCAUAUUUUUAAACUAGAUGGUGCCACUAGCUCAAUUUCGUUGAUUUUAGACAUGUGCGGUUUUUGUAAAACACGCCUCAAUUAAUUUAUCGAUUUCGCUCAUGUUUUGAUUAUACAAUCUUAUGGAUUCAAAAAAGGCAUCUUUGAUUAGCGGAAUUCCCUAUUUCGUGCUCAUAAGUUCAUCAGCAACAUGAGGUUUAUACCAUUUACUUAUUUUAGUUUCAAAAGGGACAUCCUUAUCUUAUCAGUCAAUCCAUGCUUUUCUUGAAUAUGUUGAAUGUUUUUUUUUAGCAAUUCACCAUCAGGUUUCUCUUGUAAAUCGCAAAGUUCUUCAUAGUCUUAAUAAUCAUUAUUUUCUACUCCUUUAACUCAGGAGGUUAGAAUUUCAACAAAUUUGAUUCAUCUCUAACACCUUGUUAAUCUAAGUUAGUUCGUUUUCUGUAAGGAAUAGUUUUUUGACAUAAUCUUUAACAAAUACAACAUUAUUGUAUUAGUGAUUUUUAGUGAUUUUUUCAAAUUCUAGAGAUCCCAACUUAAGAAUUCCAAAAAAAAAAUGCCUUUCGUAUUGGUUAUUGUAUUCCCAAAAUAAUAUUGUCCCUGCUACGUCAAGCCACGUUGAUACGGUACGGUAUGGGUGAUUAAAAGGGUUAAACAACUAAGAAUUAUAGAUACUAUCAUAAGCAUAGCUGCUUUACUUAGAGGAAUAAUGAAAAAAUUGUUUUGUAAGAUUUUCUGAAUGUUAUUGCGUACCAACAGUUUGGUUCAGACCAAAUUUUAACACAAUUUGGCAUAUCUUUAAUUUUAAUUGGUUAUAAGUAGAGUUAAGCAAUUUAAUUUCCGAGCCUCUUGCAUCAGCCUAUUUUUCAUUCCCUUUAUUGUUCCGCAUGUUUCUCUGUAGUUAAUUGCAAGCCGAGUUCUUAAUUUCUUUAAAAAAAAAGUAUAAUCCCAUUUUAAAUAAAUGAUCUUUCCAGUUUUCCUCAUUUACUGAGUGUCAAUCCAUAUAAGUUUAACGUCAAAUUGAACAUGUUUACAUUCUAUAUAUUACUGGUCGCUAAUGUAGCAAGUUCAUUUAUGCCUAUGCUAUCAAACUUUUCAAGGAGAAUCUGAUAUUUCUGGAAUUUCAUUCAAAAAUCUUGAAUUUUUUCAUUGGUCAAUACUUCCUCUGCAAAUAUUUGUUGAUUUUGUCUAUUAUAACUGGGCGAAUAUACGCCUAUGUUCUUGUACUGGGGUCCAAUAAGAGUCCUUAUAUACUCAUAUUUUUUGCAUGCCAUCAUAUUUGUUUAGAAUCUUGGAGUAUUUACUUCAGGCUAUAGUUUUUAAGAAGCAGAUCAUAUCAAUAUGAGAGGGCAUGCCUUCGCUCUAUUCUAUGAUUUGAUCAUAUGCUUUAAUUAAUUUCAUCACAUUUAAGCAAUAAGAGGAAUAAAAUAUAUUAAUAAAAUUCAAGAAAUACUCCUGUUGUGGUAGUCCAGCAGGAUCAAUUUAUGGUUGAAUUUCAGGGAAAAAAUUAAUAAAUCAUUAUCCUAACUGCUUAACAUUUAAAAAACUGCCUAAAUUUAGAAAAAUCCGACUUAACUGCUUGGAAUUUAAAAAUAAAUGGACAAUUUUUCAAUGAGAAAAAAAGCGCCUCUGAAAUUAGACAAUUUAAUCGAAAAAUUGUAAUUAUAUUACUAUUCCAGGCAGUUACGUCAUUCAUUGAUUAAUUCUUUUUUUUUUAAGUAGUUAAGCUAUUAAACUUUUAGUUUAAUUCCAGGCAGUCGAGCCAUAAAUGCGUAACUAUUUUGUUAUUCCAGGCAGUUGAAGCUUAUUAAUUAAUUUUUUGCCUGAAAUAAUGAAUUUAUGGCUCGACCAGUGGCGAAGCGUGAACUUUUUUUUCGAGUAGACAAACAAUAAAAAUCGCUAAUUAGAAAAAAAAUGUGUAUUCCAUAUUAUUCACUUUAGUGAAAUAGGGAAUAAAAGCGCAUGAAAGAUUAACUCAAAGAGAAAAAUUAUGCAGCGAUAUAAAAAAGAAAAAAAUAAUAAUAGAUAGCAUAAAAAUAAAUACUACUUCCAAAAAAACACAACAUAUAUUAUAAAUAUUACAUGUAUAUACUUUACAUAAAUAUUCAUAUUGCUUUAUAAAGAAGUUCAAUACGACGCGAUUUGCUCAUAGCAAAAUUGUCAAUGACUUUUUCUUUAAAUUGUGGGUGUCGAUUGUAAUCUCCAACGAUAUCUUUUUCUAUAGAUAGCGUGGAUAACGCUGACAACCGUUCGUUCUUCAUCGAGUUUCUCAAAUAUGUUUUUAUUCGUUUUAAGGUACUCAUAGAUCUUUCUGAGGAGGCACUGGUCACUGGUAUAGUAAAAAUUAGCCUCAAUAAUUUUAUACUUUCAGAAAAAACAUCAUUUAAAUCAUUAUCAUAAAUAUAAUUAAAUAAUUGUAAUGGUUCUAAAUAUUGUUUAAUAUCACAAGCAUAUAUAACUGAUAGUUCAUUUUCUAAUUUUAAUAAAUUAAAAAUUUUUGGAUAGGGACUAUCCAAUUUUUGGUAAAGGUAUUUUAGGGAUUGUUUUAAAUAAUCGGGAUAUUUUUCCCUAUCAAAAAGAUUUAUAAAUGAUAAUUUGUGAAUAUCGCUAAAUCGUUCCUGCAAUUGAACAAUAAUUGUAUCAAUUACCUCAAAUGCAACUCUUUUAAAAUUCAUCUUAAUAUUCUGAGAAAUCGCGUCACCUAAAAAUUCGUCACAUUGGUCUACACAAGAAGCAAUGGUUUCAUCUUUACGUAAGUCAGAUAUAUUUUUAAUUGUUUGUUCUACUUCUUUGAAACAAAUUGCAGGAUUUGACAGUAUUUUUAAAUGCAAAAUUGAGUAUAAAUGAUUUAAAAACACGAAAAUUUUAUAAAAAAGACAUAACAUAAGAACAAAUUUAGGUUGUUUUAAUAUUUUGAUUAAACCUAUAGCCAAAUUAGUACUUUCUGGAUCGAAUUUAUCAGAAUCUUCUAUGAAUUUCAUAAUUUUUAAUAGAGUGUGAUAGUUUUGAAAAAUAGAGAAUACUGAUCGAGAAUGGAAAUUCCAUCUUGUGUCAGACCCACUUGGAAUACUAAAACCUGAUUUUCUUAAUUCAUCUGCUCGUAAAGGAGAUCUUGCAAAAAAAGUUUUAAAACUACUUAAAUUACAAAUAAACAGUUUAACAUUAGUAAUUCGCUUGGAACAAUGUAAAAGAACUAAAUUUAGUUGGUGAGCAUAACAGUGUAUAAACAGUGCUUGUGGGCAGAUUUUUUUUAUUAUAGUUUGUACGCCACCCUUCGUUUCUGACAUGACACUAGCCCCGUCAUAAGUUUGGGAUAAAAGUUUUUUUUCGACUUGGCAUAAUUUUAACACAUCCAAUAUUUUACUACUAAGACCUACGGCCGUCUUAUCACCAGAUACAUCAUAAAAUCCAAGAAAUCUUUCUACUAUCUCAUUUUUACAGGCAUACCUCAAAAUAACACUAAAUUGCGCACAACACGAAAUGUCUGUAGUUUCGUCAGCUUGAACAGAAACAAAUUCGGUGUUUUUUAAUUCUUCUAAAAUUAUUUCCUGAACUACACAUGUGAUAGAUUCAACAAGAUCAUUCUGGAUGUCACUCGAUGUCCCUCUAAAAACCGAACUGCUUUCUAAGUGAUCCUUAAUGGCAGGUUCCUCCAUAGCUAGUAGCUGCAAUAUCUCCAAAUAAUUUCCUAAAAUAUUUAUAUUCACUGCUAACAUUUUAGCAAUUAAGUUACAAUAACCUACCUUUAUUUCUUGACUCUCCAGUCUCAUCAUGGCCUCUAAAUGCAAGUUUUUGCUUCGCUAAAAAACAUACAACGUCAAUUAAUCGGCCUACUAUCUGUCUAUUUUUUUUUCACUUUCUCAUUGUGUCGAAGAACAUUAAUUUUUCGCGCCUCAAUAAGAGUGUGAUCAAUGCGGACUUUUCCCAACAUGCAAAAAAAUUCAUUACAUGAAAUGUGUUUUUUCGAGGUAGCAUGUUUGUUCGCUUUCUGAACAAAAUUUUUGAUUGCAUUGAUCCCAUCUUUUGCCCAAGCUUCUUCUCCGCCAAAUAAAACACAGGGAAAGCAGUACAAAGCAUUCAAAUUGACACUUCCCGUCAACCAGCUGAACGACUCGUACCAGGUUUUUUGGAAUUUCCGGAUAGUUUUGCCGUCUUUUUGUGAAAUAUUAAGAUCAGGUCGUUUUUGAGAAUUUUUUAAAUUAAGUUUUUCUUCUAAUGAUAAAGAAGAAAAGUUUCGUUCUUUAAUGUAUGUAAUUGGAUCUUCAAUAUCCAUUAUUUUAAAAUUAAAUAAGACAAAUAAAAACAAAACUCAAAUACAAUUACCAAUAUCAAACAGUCAUUCAUUAAUAACUACUAAAAUUAAAAUAUCCACUAAAAAAAACGUUUUUUAUACACCCAAAAAUAAAAAUACUACUAAAUAUUAAAUUACUAGAGCACGCGCCCGCACCAAAUGCCAAAUGCAGAUUCAUCAAAACAAAACAAAACUGAAGAUGUAUUGCGGCCGACCAGAUCAAGUGUGUCCAUAAACAAUAACCCCUCAACAGCUUAAUAAAAUAGCUGGUCGACUUCCAUAGACAAAAGCUCGAAUGUCUUUCCCGCGAGUAAAUUUCGCAGACGUAAUAGGCUGAAUGCGAUGCGGCCGGACCUCUGUCGCCUGCUUGAUGCGUAUUUGGUUCGAUUAGAUGCUAAGACAAAUAUCAAUGUGUCUUCCUGGGGCUCGGUGUGCAUUUUUAUUUUAAUCGGUGCGGCAGGCGGGGCGCGCCUUCGAAUUAAUCAUGUAUAGAUACGUUCUGUGUUAAUUUUUUUUUAAAUUUAAAUUCAACAAUUACAUGAAAUAAUUAAGUAAUAAAUUAAUAAUAAAUAACAGGAUAAUUUUGGGUAGACAGUGUCUACCUUGUCUACUCGUACGCUUCGCCACUGGGCUCGACUGCUUGGAAUUCAAACAUAAAACGUCUUUUUUACAGCCUGAAAAAAAAUCAUAAAUCCAUGCCUGAAACACCUAAAAUUAAAAUAAAAGUUUAUUAGCCAAACUAUUUAAAAAAAAUUAAUUGAUGUCUUAACUGCCUGUACUAAUAACAUAAUUACAAAUUUUCGCUUGAUGUGGCUUAUUCCAUGCAGCUCAGGCUUACUUUUUUUUCACGUUGAACAUCUGUAUAUUAAUUUUUACAAUUCUAGGUAGUCCAGCCAUAAAUUCCUAAUUAUUUCGUUAGUCCAGGUAGCUGAAGCUAGUUAUGUUCUUAAAAUUUACACCGUUUAUUAAUUUUUUGCCUGGAAUAAUGACGCAAUUAUGAAUUUAUGGCCCCCUUGCUUGGAAUUCAAACAUAAAUCGAUGGGUUUACAGCCUCAAAAAAAAACAUAAAUUGAAUGACAAAUUUGAUGCUUGAAAUCGCAUCCUGUGUUCGAACAUACGAAUUGUGAAGAAAAAUGAGAACAUUUCUAUAAUCAUUAUUUGCUAUGUUGAAUUAAAAUUACUAGGGGUUUGUGUUGUCUUAUAUUACAGAUAAACCAUUAGUAUUUAUGUUUAAGUGUCCUGACUUGGGACGGCAGUACAGGUUACCCGACAUUCUAAUAAGUUUCUUACCCACUUAUGAAUGCAUAGAAGAUUAAUUUAUGUUUUCUCUUUAUAUUAUUAUAUAUGACUUUGUAGAUUUUUCAUAAUUGUUUUUUGUAGACAUUAUUUUUAUCUCUUUAUAAUUUAAUAAGAAUUUUAAUUAGGGGAUUAAAUAAAGUUUUUUAAGUCG